CUCACUGCAAAAAUGUAAAAACAAACAAAAAACACAACUGUUACCUCUCUCUCCCAUUCCCAUUCCCAUUCCCAUUACUCUCUCUCUCUGUGUUUCAUCUCCUCUUCAUUUCCUUCCACUAAUCUCACUGUAUGUGUGUAUGUAUGUAUUGACUUCACUUGUGAACUGCUAAUUGCUUUGUCAUCAAUUAUUGGAUUACUAGUCCAGAUUCCGAUCCACUAUUUCAUGUAUGAUCUGAUAAAACAUCCGACAGUUUAUCGGAAAGUUCAUGGACACACUAUGCCUAUCCUCCAAGGUUAAGGCAACAUGCUGUUCGUUUUUGCACUAGUGUUACUUUAUCUGAUAGCCGCCAAUCAUCAAGGCCAAUUUUUUGGCAUUUUCGUUCAAUGGAAUUGAGUGAAAGUGUCCCCUGUAUUUGAAACUCACCCUUGUCCUCUGUUUACAUGGACCAUUAUUCAUCUGGAGAAGACCUCCUUAUUAAGACAAGGAAGCCUUAUACAAUCACUAAGCAGCGUGAGCGAUGGACUGAAGAAGAACAUAACAGGUUUCUAGAAGCACUCAAGUUGCAUGGCCGUGCCUGGCAGCGUAUAGAAGAACAUAUAGGAACCAAGUCUGCUGUGCAGAUCAGAAGUCAUGCACAGAAGUUUUUUACAAAGUUGGAAAAGGAGGCCACUGUAAAAGGAGUUCCAGUAGGACAUGCUAUUGAUAUUGAAAUCCCUCCACCACGCCCUAAAAGGAAACCCAGCAAUCCGUAUCCUCGAAAGACUAGUGUGGGAGCUCCUACGUCGCAUGUGACAGUGAAGGAUGGCAAAAUAUCAAAUCCACUAUCGAGUAAAAUUACAAUAGAGAAAGAAUCUGAGGAGCCUUGUGAUGAUGGGAAACUAGAAAACAGUAAUGAAUACCACGAAACGGAUAAUUGGUCUGAGGCUUACACUCUUCUCAAAACAGCUCCUUGUGCAUCCCCAUCUUCAACUAACAAAUCCUCGUUGUCAAUGUCUGAUGCACCUGGAAAAUCAUGUACUUUUAGGCAAUAUAUUCCACUCCCAAAAGAAGCAGGUAAUCAGGAUGAAGUUGUUGUAUCUAAGGUCACUAUUGAAACCAAAGGACUUGCGGCGGAGAAGUGCGAUGACAAAAAAUAUUUUCAGGAUAAGGCUCCAUCUAACAUUUCGAAUGUCGUGAACUCGUACCUUUCACAUGAGAAAUAUGUGCAUAGUAAAAGAAUAGCAGAGUUGAAGAAGUCUGAAAAUGCACUGCCAAUCGCUGAUGUUCUAUCCUCACAGAACUAUCCUCGCCAUGUCAAUGUGCACAUUGUUGAUGGGAUCCCAGGUGCAAGUGCUCAAACUAUUUCCCCAGAUGGUUCCUGUACAGAUUCUACCUUUCAUCAAAUGGGUGGAGUUUAUGGUCAUCAAAAUCUAUUCAUGAAGCCAGCCGAACAUUAUAGUAAUGCAUCAGGAUCUUCCGUUCAUCAGUCGUUUCCUAGUUAUCAUCCAAUCUUCACUCCAAAUCAAAACCAAGAUGAUUAUUUGCACAUGUCGUCUACAUUUUCAAGUCUUAUUGUAUCUGCCCUAUCACAAAAUCUAGCAGCCUAUGCUGCAGCUAGCUUUACCGCGAGUUUGUGGCCAUGUGUAAACAUGGAAGCUCCAAUAGAAUCUUCGGAUGGGGCAUUUCAAUCCAGGCCUUUGAGUUCAGUUCCUAGUAUGGGAUCAAUUGCUGCAGCUACAGUAGCAGCUGCAACUGCAUGGUGGACAGCUCAUGGUCUUCUUCCUCUACCUGCUCAGUUUCUCCCUGGUUUUACCUGCUCCCCUGCAUCGGUAUCUGCAACUCCUAUGGAAAGCAGCGAAGGUAGAGUUAUAAACAGUGAAAAAAGAGAAAACACUCCUAAUCCUGCCUUGGGAGGUCAACAACUAGAACCAGAUUGCUCUAAGGCUUUGCAUGAACAGCAUUCAGCUUCAAAGUCACCAAUGUUAUCAUCAUCAGAUUCUGAAGCAAGUGAAAGUGCAAAACUGAAUGUGGGGUUAGCUACUGCCGAAACAACAAAAGUUUCGGAAACAGAUGAGCUGGAUAAUGAUGUAAACAAAUCCAAGAACCAGAAGCUGGUGGACCGUUCUUCGUGUGGAUCAAACACAUCUUCGAGCAGUGACGUAGAAACAGAUGCUUUGGAGAAGCACGCAAAGGGAACAGAGGAAAAUCAUAUGAAUGGUGAAGAGGAGCCAGAAGAAGUUGAUGCAAAUCAUCCUCUUGGUGACCCAUUUAAUCGACGUUGUAGAAGCAUUAUCAAUAUAAAUGAUUCUUGGAAAGAAGUAUCAGAAGGGGGACGACUGGCAUUUCGGGCACUCUUUUCUAGAGAAAGAUUGCCUCAGAGUUUUUCACCACCACACGAUGUAAAGAAUAAGGGGGAGAAAAAUUAUACCGAAAAUGAGCAGAAAAAAGACGAAAGUGGAGUGCGGUUAGACCUGAAUGCAAAGACAUGGGAGAGCUGUUGGCAGAAACAAGGGGUGGAAAAUAAUGGGAGUUUAAUAGGUGAAAACAAGGAAGAGGGAUUAUUAGAUUUGGGACUUGGACUAGCAGCAGCUAAUAAGCUGAAAGCACCUCGCCGAACAGGAUUUAAACCAUACAAGAGAUGUGCAAUGGAGGCAAAGGAAAGUAGGAUGGCACCUAACAGUCAUAAUGAAGAGAAAUGUCCCAAGAGAUUACGCAUGGAUGAGCAGGAAGAUCAUGCUUCUUCUACUAAAUUGUUCAGUUUGUAUCCAAUCUAAAGCUGCCUUGCAUUGCAUGCAUUUUUCACUUCAUGUUUUAGUUCUCAGCUAUAUAUUGUAUUGAUGUAAAAGAUAAGGAUACUUUUUCCAGUGUAGUCGUGUGUACUAUUUUAGGGGUCAUGCAAAUGGACAUAAGUCAUUUAUCUGUCAAUGUAUACUUGUCUGAAAACAAAUCUUAUGGCAGUGAUAAGUGUUCGUUUUGCACAACUUUUACUUA